AUGAAGCAGGAGAGCGGUAGAUUAAAGAUUAUUCAGACCCCGCGUGAAUAUCAGAUUGAGCUCUUCGAGAGGGCCAAGCACAAGAAUACCAUCGUAGUCUUGGAUACUGGAUCCGGAAAGACCUUGAUUGCUGCUUUACUACUUCGUCACUUCCUUGAAAAGGAGAUUGAAGACCGCGCGACUGGUCAACCGAAGCGCAUUGCUUUCUUUCUAGUGGAUAAGGUAUCUCUUGUCUUUCAGCAGCAUGCCGUUCUCGAUUGUAACCUGGAGCACCCCGUCGCCCGCUUCUGUGGUGACAUGGUCGACGAGAUGUGGUCCGGCGAGUUUUGGGCUCAACAGUUCGAGGAUAACAUGGUCAUUGUCUGCACCGCGGCUAUUCUGCAAAAAUGCUUGACCCACUCAUACAUUCGCAUGGAGCAAAUCAACCUCCUCAUCUUCGAUGAAGCCCAUCAUACGAAGAAGAAUCACCCUUACGCUCGCAUAAUCAAGGACUUCUAUAUAAAAGAACCUGAUCAAAAGAAGCGACCAAGAAUACUCGGUAUGACGGCCUCCCCUGUGGACGCCCAGACGGAUAUCAAGAUUGCUAUCGCCCAGCUUGAAUGCCUCCUUCACAGCGAAAUCGCAACCGUGUCUGAAGAGUCGCUCUCUCGUAAGUCACACGUCCGAAAGAUUACAGAAAUGGAGAUUCACUACAGCCGCCUUCCCAUGCCUUACGAGACAGAGCUAUACCGGAAGAUCAGCGCCCUUGUGGGUCGCAACCAGCACCUCAGCAAAGAGCUAUCUUUUGCGAAGGCGGCAACAUCGUCCCUUGGCUCUUGGGUGGCAGAUCGUUUCUGGCAGCUUUUCCUGACAGACGAGACGAUCUUGAGGCUGGCACAUAGAACCGACAUGACCUACUCCGGUCUCAACUGCAACGACAGAGAGACCAUGGCGAUACAGAAGCUUCGGGAUGUCAUUCGAACCCAUGAGUUCAAACCUGCUUCACCGACUCUAGACCAGGUGUCUAUUAAAGUCCUUCGGCUGUGGGAAGAGCUCAAACUCCGCUUCACAAGGGAGCCAGAAUACCGUUGUAUUGUAUUCGUGGAAAUGAGACUCACGGCCGCACUGCUUGCGGAUCUGUUCAAGCAGGAGGGUAUCAAAAUCCCUGGUCUCACCCCGGCAGUGCUAGUUGGGAGCCAGACCGAUACGGGACUUGCGAACAUGUCGUUCAAGCAACAAACGCUAACGAUCCACAGAUUCAGGCAUGCGGAGGUCAAUUGUCUCUUUGCCACGCAGGUCGCCGAAGAGGGACUCGAUAUACCUGACUGCAACCUUGUCAUGCGAUUUGAUCUCUACAAAUCCGUGAUUCAAUACAUUCAAUCAAAGGGGCGCGCAAGACGACAGGACUCGGAAUACAUAUCAUUCAUUGAAGGCGGCAAUGGAAGACAAGCCCGGAUGGUAUUGCAGACUACAUACGAUCAGAACGUUCUGCGCCGCUUCUGCAGUGCGCUGCCCGAGGACAAAAAGAUCAUGGGUUUCGAUAUCGAGGCCAGCGUUCUAAAGGGAGACUCGCACUAUAAAACGUACCUCAUUGAGUCUACUGGCGCGGUUCUGACAUGGAGCUCUAGCAUCGACGUGCUGGCUAACUUCGCCUCCUCCUUACGCCAGUCUAACGAUGAAAUCUGGGCACCCGAGUACGCGGUUUUCAAUCAGGGACAAAAGUUCAAGGCAGAGGUCACAUUACCGGAAAAGUCUCCGAUCAGGCACAUGACGGGGUUCCCACAUAGCAAUAAGCAAGCAGCUCGUUUUUCUGCUGCAUUCGAAAUGUGCAAGGAGCUGAUCAAGAAGAAAUACAUCGAUCAUAACUUACGACCAGUGUUCACCAAGAAGCUUCAUGCUAUGCGGAACGCUCGUCUCGCCAUCAGUUCAAACAAGCAAUCCGAGUACAAGAUGAGAACCAAGCCAGAAAUCUGGUUUCGUCUUGGUCCUUUCAGCCACCUCUACGUCAACGCCUUGGUCCUUGCAACACCAGAUGCUAUCGGUAGAAGCUCGAAACCGCUGCUACUUCUUACAAGGGAAAAGCUUCCAGAUCUCCCCGCUAUUCCUCUGUUCUUUGGAAACGAACAGAAGUCAGAGGCCUUCGUCAUCUCUCUUCCGGUCCCUGUCCAAAUCUCCGAAACUGACUCAGAGCUCUUAAAGACUUUUACCUUCCGCGUCUUCAAGGAUGUAUUCAGUAAGGAGUAUGAAGCUUCGACACAAAAUGUCCCUUAUUUUCUCGCCCCGACUCUGUGCCACCAUUCUGAAGGUUUGAACAGAGCCGACGUGACGACCCUGAUCGACUGGAAUCAUCUCCGGGCUACCAAGGACAUACAGUAUCUGGAGUGGGACGACACUACCGCAGAAGACUUCUUCAAUGACAAACUAGUUGUAGAUCCUUAUGCAGGGUCUCGGAAGUUGUACCUGCGGGGAGUUCGUAAAGAUAUGAAGCCAAUGGACCUAGUGCCCGAAGGCGUACCCGACCCUGGUCACAGAGCCUGGCGCGACCCGGCGGUGGAGAAGAACAUUAAGGAGUACAGCGUGAGUCUGUGGACGAAAGCUCGAAUCAAAAGGACAUGGCGAGACACCCAGCCUGUUCUUGAAGCCGAAGUGGUAUCGUUGAGACGAAACCUUUUUGAUGACUUUGCGGAGGUGACGACCGAGAAGUCAAAGAUCUGCUACGUGAUUCUGGAGCCUUUGAGGGUGUCAACCCUCCCCAUUGAGGCCGUUGUAAUGGCCUCCGCCUUCCCUGCACUCAUCCACCGCAUUGACGCGGCCAUGAUUGCCCUGGAUGCGUGCAAGCUGCUGAAUCUGGACGUCCGCCCUGAUCUGGCACUGGAGGCUAUCACGAAAGACUCAGACAAUAGUGACGAGCACGACAAAGACAAGAUCAACUUCCAGGGAGGGAUGGGAAAGAACUACGAACGGCUGGAGUUUCUCGGCGAUUGCUUUCUGAAGAUGGCCACGACUAUAGCACUAUUCACCAAAGCCCCGAAGAACAACGAAUCCGAAUCUCAUAUGGAACGUAUGCUCCUGAUCUGCAAUCAAAACCUUUUCAAUAAGGCUGUGGACCGGAACAUACCAGAGUAUGUGCGCUCGAAGUCAUUCGAUCGUCGCAGCUGGUAUCCAUCAGGACUGCGCCUCCUCCGAGGUAAGGAGAGCUCGCUGAACCAUAAGCACGCUCUUGCAGACAAGUCCAUUGCCGAUGUCUGUGAAGCUCUCAUUGGCGCUGCGUACUUGUCAUAUGCCGAUGCAAACAACUUUGACAUGGCGAUCCGGGCAGUCACCGUCAUGGUCAAGAACAAGAAUCACCUCAUGACCUCGUGGGGAGAUUACUACGCCGCCUACAUCCCUCCUGCGUGGCAGUUUGGAGACCCGACUGCCAUGCAGAAGGAGCUGGCGCGUCAGAUCAAGAAGAAGCUGGGGUACGAGUUCAAGUCCCCCACGCUCCUCCGGAGUGCAUUCAAGCAUCCGUCGUAUCCCCGGGCAUACGAGAAUCUGCCUGACUACCAACGUCUUGAGUUCCUCGGCGAUGCCUUGCUUGACAUGGUCUGCGUGGACUUCCUCUUCAACAAGUUCCCCGAUGCCGAUCCUCAGUGGCUCACAGAACACAAGACCGCCAUGGUCAGCAAUCAGUUCCUGGCCAGCCUUUGCGUCAAGCUGGGACUUCACAAGCACGUCCUGACUGGUCAAGCGUCCCUCCUGCACCAGACCCACGACUUUGUCGCCUCGCUCGAGUGCGCCAAACAGGACGCGACAGCCGACGGAACGUUUUCGAAAGCUUACUGGAUACAUGUCAAGCAUGCACCCAAGUAUCUUGCCGACGUCGUCGAGGCCUGCAUCGGCGCGCUGUUCGUCGACUCGGGUUACGACUACAGCCAAGUCCGCGCCUUCUUCGACGCCCACAUCCGUCCCUUCUUCACGGACAUGGUGCUCUAUGACUCCUUCGCCAGCCACCACCCCGUCACGAACCUCUCUCAUAUCCUGCAAGACAAGUUCGGAUGCCAGGAGUGGCGCUUGAUGGUUCGUGAAGUCGCGCCGACUGUCGAAGAGGGCGGAGCCGCCGCCAUUACUGGCUCCCGGAUUCUCUGCGGCGUCAUGCUGCACGGGCACAUUUGCUUUCACGCAACCGCGGCUAGUGGUCGAUACGCCAAGAUCGCGGCAGCGAAGAGGGCGAUUGAGAAGCUGGAGGAUACGGACGUGGAGGCCUUCAGGAAGGAGUUUGGGUGUGACUGCGAGGCUCGAACGGGCGAGCAUGCCAUUGCGGAUCACGGUACCGCCGUGUGA